GACAUUUUAACCCCUUCCCUGCCGCAGGAGACCCUCCGCACGGCGCUGGCCAUGGGCGCGGACCGGGCGGUGCUGGCCGAGCUGGGGGAGGGGCUCCCGGCCGGGCCCCGCGAGGUGGCGGCGGCGCUGGCGGCGCUGGUGCAGCGGCUGCAGCCCGGCCUGGUGCUGCUGGGCAAGCAGGCCAUCGAUGACGAUUGCAACCAGACCGGGCAGCUCCUCGCCGCCAUGUUGGACUGGCCGCAGGGCACGUUCGCCUCGCGGGUGCAGCUGGAGGACGGGGCCGUGCGUGUGGAGCGCGAGGUGGACGGCGGCCUGGAGACGCUGCGGCUGCGGCUGCCCGCCGUGCUGACGGCCGACCUGCGGCUCAACGAGCCCCGCUACGCCACGCUGCCCAACAUCAUGAAAGCCAAGAAGAAGCCCCUGGAGGUGAUCCCCGCGGCCGAGCUGGGCGUGCCCGCGGGCCCCCCCCGGCUGAAGGUUCUGGAAGUGCGGGAGCCGCCCCCCAGGGCCGGGGGGGAGAAGGUGGAGAGCGUGGAGAGCCUGCUGGGGAAACUGAGGCACGCCGGCCGCAUCUGAGCCUCCCAGUGCCUCCCAGUGCCUCCCAGUUCAUCCCAGUUCAGCCCAGUUCAUCCCAGUUCAUCCCAGUUUAUCACAGUGCCACAGGGAGGGCAGAGCGUGGAGAGCCUGCUGGGGAAACUGAGGCACGCCGGCCGCAUCUGAGCCUCCCAGUGCCUCCCAGUUCAUCCCAGUUCAGCCCAGUCAUGUCCCAGUGCCAUCCCAGUUUGUCCCAGUUCAUCCCAGUUUGUCCCAGUGCCACAGGGAGGGGAGAGCCUGCUGGGGAAACUGAGGCACGCCGGCCCCAUCUGAGCCUCCAGUGGCUCCCAGUUCAUCCCAGUUUGUCCCAGUGCUCUCCCAGUUCAUCCCAGUUCACCUCAGUGCCUUCGCAGUCCCUCCCAGUUCCCUCCCAGUUCAUCCCAGUUUAUCCCAGUCUCUCCCAGUUCCCUCCCAGUCCCUCCCAGUCCCUCCCAGUUCCCCCCAGUCCCUCCCAGUCUGGCCCAGUUCCCCCCAGUGCCUUCCCCCCACCCCAAUAAAGGCGUGGCCAGUC